UGCUACAGAUACGGGGCCACCGCACCCUCAAGUCCAAAGGUCUUCAUUGUCUUGUCAGCACCCUAAAUACACUUUAAACGUCUUUAAAUUCUCCUGGUACGUUUAAAAGAGGGUCAUUGUGGUAUACAAGGCAGAGGCCACCUCCUCUCAGCUCAGUGUAAUGGCGUUCAAGUCUCCUAAAAUCUGAGACUUAGGCUCCCCCAACCCUCCUCACUCCCAGGGCAAAAGAACUACUACUCAUGCCUCAGUUCGAAGGUUUCUUCUCCAAGAAUCCUGCCUGGCAUUCGACAGGAAGAAUCGGGUCCCUUCUCCUGGGGGUCUCGUGCUCCCUCAGUCUCGGCAGUGAUGACCCCGGGAGUCCGGGGCUGUGCCUGCGCCAGCUCCUUCCAGGGUCAGGGGCUCCUCCAGGGCAGGAGGGAAGCCGAAGAACGAGCGCAGUAGUGGCGUUCAAGAUGCUGGGCCAAUGAAGAUGAGAGUCUAGCGGGAGGUGGUCGGGGAAACUACCACACGGGCUGCAGAGUGCUUCCAGUAGCGCCCCCGCGAGGCUCCGCCUCUCCCCACCGGUACUUCCGGUUCCGGUAUGGGACGGAAGUGGGCGGGCAGCGGCGGCGGCUACGCGCGGAGGAGGUGGAGGUAGUGCCGGGCGACCGCUUCCCGCCCCCGAGCCGGUUCCGAACCGAGUGGAUCUGAGGUCGGGCCCGGAGCUGAGCCGGCUGAGCGGGCGCCGAGCCCCCGCCAUGGCCCGGAACACGCUGUCUUCGCGCUUCCGUCGGGUGGACAUCGACGAGUUUGAUGAGAACAAAUUCGUGGACGAGCAGGAGGAGGCGGCGGCGGCGGCAGGCGAGCCAGGCCCGGACCCUAGCGAGGUGGACGGUCUCCUGCGGCAAGGGGACAUGCUUCGGGCGUUUCAUGCAGCCUUACGGAACUCGCCCGUCAACACCAAGAAUCAAGCCGUGAAGGAGCGCGCCCAAGGCGUGGUGCUGAAAGUGCUCACAAACUUUAAGAGCAGCGAAAUUGAGCAGGCCGUGCAGUCACUGGACAGAAAUGGCAUUGACUUGCUAAUGAAGUACAUUUAUAAAGGGUUUGAGAAGCCCUCAGAAAAUAGCAGCGCAGUGCUACUCCAGUGGCAUGAAAAGGCAUUAGCAGUAGGAGGACUAGGCUCCAUUAUAAGAGUUCUUACAGCAAGAAAGACUGUUUAAAAAAAAAAAAAGACUCAUGUUACUUUGAGAAGAAUUUUGGAUGCACAGGCUGGUGAAGAAGGGAUUGACAAUGGACCACCUUCCCAGGAACUCCCAACUAUUUCAGGACGUGCAUCCGCUGAAGUGUAUUUUAUUUUCAAGGUGGAGGGAGAAAUUGUCUUACUGUUUCCUAAAUCCUUUGCAGGAUCGAUAGUCUAUGCCUUUGUCCACGAAUAAUGCAGAACUGACAUUGUGACUGUCUGCCAGAGUGGCUAGCCACCACUGUUGGUCAGGUGUGUCUGUGGGCACUGCCCGUUUAAAGUGGGGGAGGGAUGGCGGGGCAGGUGCAGAUCCAAGGGCUGCCACGAAGGGGCGAGCUGGUGUUUCUGAAGCGGAAACCCCCCGGGGGUUUGUACAGACGUCCCAUCCUCCCAGAGAAGGCGGGCUCUCUUGGGUUCAUUGUAAAGUGCCUGCUGCAUCAAUAAAGCUCUUGGCUUAUUAGUAUA